UGAAUCCAAAUGGAGGCUCGGCGUGGCUCGGCUGGCAUUUGCUUGUCCUGUUUCUCGUGGCCGCCUACUUGUAAUCCGCUGCCAGCCAAAUCGCUAGCUCGCUCCCUCCCUCCCUCCCUCGUCAGCCUCCGGCAGAUCCUCCUCCAUACCGCUCGAAGCUCCGCCCUCCUCCUCCCGACACCUCGAGAUCUCCGCCCCGGACCCAUUUCUUCCCCACCAAGGUCCAGCGCCGUCCGGCCGGCCCUCCCUGUUGCAGGCAGGCGACGCCGCCGCCGCCAUGUCCAAGUCGGGAGCCCUGGAUCUCGCGUCCGGCCUUGGCGGGAAGAUCGACAAGGAACAGGUCAAAUCCGCGGUCGACGAGUAUGAGAAAUAUCAUGGAUAUUACGGAGGGAAGGAGGAAUCGAGGAAAUCCAACUACACCGAUAUGGUUAAUAAAUACUAUGAUCUUGCUACUAGCUUCUAUGAGUAUGGCUGGGGUGAAUCCUUCCACUUUGCUCACAGGUGGAAUGGGGAAUCUUUAAGGGAAAGCAUCAAACGACACGAGCACUUUCUGGCCUUACAGCUUGAGUUGAAACCAGGCAUGAAGGUUUUGGAUGUCGGCUGUGGAAUAGGCGGGCCAUUAAGAGAAAUUGCGAGAUUUAGCUCCACCUCAGUUACUGGAUUGAACAACAACGACUACCAGAUAACUAGGGGAAAGGCGCUUAAUCGGUCGGUAGGACUUGGCGCAACUUGUGAUUUUGUCAAGGCAGACUUCAUGAAGAUGCCAUUCUCUGAUAACACUUUCGAUGCUGUUUAUGCCAUUGAGGCAACAUGCCACGCACCUGAUCCGGUUGGCUGCUACAAGGAGAUCUACCGUGUAUUAAAACCCGGGCAGUGUUUUGCUGUAUAUGAGUGGUGCAUUACCGAUCACUAUGAUCCAAACAAUGCAACCCACAAGAGGAUUAAGGAUGAAAUUGAGCUUGGGAAUGGCCUGCCAGAUAUCAGAAGUACUCGGCAAUGUCUUCAAGCUGUUAAAGAUGCUGGGUUUGAGGUUAUUUGGGACAAGGAUCUUGCUGAAGAUUCUCCGUUGCCUUGGUACUUGCCCUUGGACCCAAGUCGGUUUUCAUUGAGUAGUUUCCGGUUGACUACCGUGGGACGAAUAAUUACUCGCAAUAUGGUCAAGGUAUUGGAAUAUGUUGGUCUGGCUCCGGAAGGCAGCCAGAGGGUCUCUAGUUUCUUAGAGAAGGCCGCGGAAGGUCUUGUCGAAGGUGGCAAGAAGGAAAUCUUCACCCCGAUGUACUUCUUUGUGGUUCGGAAGCCUCUUUCAGAAUGAGCAACCUUCAGCCAGGCAAUGCAAAGAUGCAUUUUGAAGGCGGGCUCGACCGGGGAGUUUGGUUAUGCGAUCCUCGGUUCUUAUCUGUAGAAGAAGACGUAGUGAAAUGUGCUGCGUUUCUGUUUGUUUUGUAUUUAAUGUUGAGCUUCUGUUUUGUUGUUUUGUCGUGCGAGCCUUUCGAUGCUCGUCGAUUAACUGACAGUUUGACACCAUUGUGCUAAGCUAUUAGUGGCAUAAAUAAGCUAGAUGCAGUUUUCUUCCCCGUCAAGGUUUGCAUGAGGCCGUUCCGAUUUCUUGUCCAAACAAGCUUGUGUACUGUGUAGGAUCUGGUGGUGCCGAAGUUUUGUAACCUAGCAACGAGAAUUUCUCAUGAAAGAUCGUUCCCAGUACUGGAAUUUUUCAAGUAUGUUUGCCGUAAGAAUAAUAAUUUGAGGGGUAUGUUUGCCUUAA